UCGCACGUGCACCCGACCCCGUCGUCCCAAACAAUUUGGUGCUCGCUUUGGUGCCAUCCAUUUCUUAGCGCUGAUAAUGUCGGUGCUCGGAGAAUACUACUCGUUCAGGAAGAUCUUCAGAGACCUACAGAAGUACAUCACCGUGGGCCUGAAGCUCUACCAGGCCCGGCGGACUGACACGGACGCCAAGUUCAAAGACCUGUUCGAAAACUUGGACUCUCUACUCGGGCCUCUGGAGACCCAGCAGAUAAAGAUUGGAGAGAGAGCGGCCGAGUUUGACUUUAUUCUAAGUGACGGGACGCGAGUGAAGGCCAAUGGCUACCGGAGUCUCCUGUCAACCCUCAGCUCCCUCCUCCUCCAACUCCACCAGAUCCUCCUCAAGGUCACCAAGGAGAGGAGCAGCAUGUUCUUCCUCCCUGGAGACCACAUCAGCAAUCUAACUGCCUACUGCAGAGCACUCGAGGGUAUGAACAAGAUUCUUGAGAAUGCUGCGGUGUUGAUGGACGCCAGUGCACAAGGCCAGCUGUUUGGGGAGGGAGAGGUGUCCGAAAGGCUACGUGGGAUCGUGUGCUCUGAAUACAUCGCCAGGGACGUGUUCUACGGCCGGUGUUUGGGCUUCCAGUAUCCCAGUUCCACGAGGCCAGUCAUCAAGAUGCUGGCUGUGGCGAUGGCCUCCUACGAGCGGUGGUACAAGGCAGACAAGGACAACCCACUACGACAGCUCAUGCACAGUCUGUGGAAGGGCAACAAGUACCUCCAGAACCCCACUCAGAUGGGACUCAAGUUGGACGAUCUCACACUCAUGAGCUCCGUCUACUUUGUGAAGGCCUUCUGGUCCAUCAUGGAACAAGAUGUUGUGAAGGCAGCCAUGGGGGCAGCUAUGACUCUCAUCAGUCAUUCUGUGGAGAUCUCGCAUAGCUUGGAGAUUCCUGCCAAGAACAUUGUCAUGGAGGGUACAAAGGGUAAAGUGACGCUGACUCCUCCGUUCUCAGAGCAAUUAGGCUACCGACCCAUUCCUCUCCUCUUCAUCUCCAACAAGUGGAGAGAUGGACAGAAUCGUGGAUACUCCAGCAAGAAGCAGCCUCAGCCAGCGGCCAGUGGUCUCAUAGUCCACAUCCACGGAGGUGGUUUCGUGGCCCAAUCUCCCAGGUCUCAUGAGUUCUACCUGCGGACGUGGUCUCAGGAGCUAAAGACCCCGGUCGUGUCCAUCGACUAUUCUCUCUCUCCCGAGGCCCCCUUCCCCCGACCAGUGGAGGAGUGCACCAUGGCCUAUGCCUGGAUUCUACAGAACCUCACCCUCCUAGGGACGACAGGGGAGCACAUAGUGCUAGUGGGAGACUCUGCCGGUGGGAACCUCGCCGUGACCACUGCCAUGAAGAUCCUGGAAUAUGGUCUACGUCUUCCAGACCGUAUCGUAACUGUCUACGCAACGUUCAACCUCACCUCGGCUGCAUCUCCGUCUCGUUUCCUGAGUCUGUUUGACCCAAUUCUUCCCAUCGGUGUCCUCCUCAACUGCAUGCAGGCCUAUUCUGACGUUGCUCCCAGCAAUGAAGAGGUCCAGAGGAGAAGAGACCUGCGGAACAGGGUCCUCCGUGCCAAGGGAGUCUAUAUCCCUGACCCCAAUGUGAAGAAUGUCGCAUCUCCUUCCGUACCCAGGAAGAAUCCAGAGAAGGAAAGGACAGAGGCUCCGGCCACUGACAGUGACGAGUCAAUCAAGAAGGUUCCUCCCUCUCGGCCGCCUCCCCCCAGCCUCGCCCACUCUUCCUCCACACAACCUCUCCUCGCAGCAGCAGAUGCAGACGACGAUGAGGAGGAGGAGGAGAACAGAAGUGAAGGUGAAAACUAUAGUAUGUACAUUACAGCUGUAGUUCCUCAUUCACUGGCGGGCAAAGCAAGCCUAGUACCUAGUCAUCUCUUGUGAUGGGGGGUGAUGGGCACUACGUGACAACUGUAACAUGUUGAACUGCAUACUCACGUUUGCGCGCCAAAAUAAUUAUAAGCCAUUUUCGUAUGGGACAAAAAGUAUACUACAGUGCAUCUCAACAUUGGCUGGGAUGCAAAGGACACUCACAAAUUGUUACGCUGCAAAGCAAGUCACUACACACCUACAAAACCUUUUUGGACGGCCUAUAUAUGAAUUUAUGGUGACAUUUGUACCAGAUGUGGUUGUGAGUAAUGGUGGAGGUGGUGGUGGUUCCAAUGGAGUCGUGGAGGAGGGAGACAGACUGAUCACAGUGGACCUCAGCGACGACAGUCCCGGGACCAGUGAGUCUGGAGAGAGUGAGACUCGGCUGACGGAAGACACGACUCCAGGGACUGGACCGGAGACAGAGAUGGUGGACUUUGUCGGUCGGCAGAAGAAACCUCUCAAGAAGAGACCCGUCCUCACUCAUCAGGGUACGGCCUCGCUGCUCUACUGUUGCAGAGAACCAGAGGAACAGGACAGACUGCCCCCUGCUGAGAUUGAGAAGAUGACAUGCGAGCUGGUGAAGGCGCUAGGCUCACUGGAGGGGAACAAGAACCCCUACAUGUCUCCUGGUCUUGCCCCCGAUGACAUGCUCCGUGGACUUCCUCCUGUCCACAUCAUUGGAACGACAUUGGAUCCUCUGCUGGAUGACUCGGUGGAUAUGGCGAGGCGACUACAGUCCCUCGGCCAGCCAGUGACUCUGAACGUUGUGGAAAACAUUCCUCACGGUUUCCUCUGCUUCAAGAGUGCUGGGAGUGACCAGGACCUGGAGGCCGGCCAGAGACUCUGCAUCGAGUACAUCAAACAGGGCCUGGGCAUCACGUCGAACGGGCACCCUUAGAGUAGUCUUCUAUCUCUCCCUCUCUCUUUUUCCCUCUUUCUCUCUCUCACGUUAUUUACUACUCCUUCUUUUCUUGUAUACUCUCAUGAUAAAAAUCACUACUACACAAAUAUGUAAUGUACAUUUUGUAGCCCUAUCAUUCUUGUUUUUUGCAACUGUGUUGUGUUCGAUACACACAUUACGUGGAAGUGUCUGGCUCUAUCUUGGUAGUAUUGGGGGGUUGUGGAGGGGAUGCUCGGGUUGAGGGGAGGGGAGGACUCCUGGUGCCCUCUGCACCACAGGACAACGCCGCAGAGCUGACACGAGAGGGGACUGAUGAGUCGGGCAGUGGAGCCUUGGGCCGGGGAGUCCCACGUACGACGGUAGCUGACUGAACACGGGAGGCAGUCGUGCGAGAUCGCAACGACAGCGUGCUGGUCCUGCUGGAGACUGCGGAUGUCGCCCGAGGACCAGGCUGUGGGUGAACUGGGGAGCCGGGGGCUGGCGUAGGGGGUUUGCUGGCACUGGCAGGGGUGGGGGGUUUGCUACCGAUUUCCAUGGCAGGUUUGCUUCCAG